AUGCAGUUGCAAAACAAUACUGUAGAUAGAUUAGACGUCAGAGUUAAUUCUUCUGAGAAUAUCAUUAAUAGACUCAAUCUUGUUAUAAACCAGUGCAUUGAUACUAACUUCAAAUUAUUAACAGAUGAUACUAAGGAAAUCAAUCAUUUUUCGGUUAAUAUUACCCCUUGUGAGAAACAGAGCACUAUUUAUAUAGACAUAAUGAACUCUGGUGAUACUUCUAAACAGAUAGAAAAUAACUCUAGCUCUAAUUUAUCAGAACAGCCCUCUUUAGAGCAAAAUACUGAUUUACAAAAAAUGCAAACUCCCAAAAUAGACAUACACCCUUUAAUACAAGAAUUAAAAAUAGAUCCUUCGAAAGAAGUUUACAUUAAGACUGUUAAUAUAGAUAAAAAUUCUACUAGUAAUCAAUCAUCCGCAAUCAAAUUGGUACAUCUAUUUGAAAGAAUAUGUUUUGCAGAAUUUAAUACUAUACGAGCUAAGCAAGCGAAAAUUGCUAGUUGGUAUUCGUAUAAAAAGUUCUUCAAAAAAAGACAUAGUGAAAUUUUACCUGAGAUUCUGAAAAAAUAUAAAAAUAUUACAAAACAAAAAGUAUAUAAGUUAGCGAGUGGUCAAAUUUAUAAUGAAAUGUUAUAUUAUCUUUCAGAAGAUAAGAUUUUGCGAAUUAAGACUUAUAGCGCAAAUAAACUUUCAAAAUUAACUGACACACAAAUCGAUACAAUUAUAUAUGAAGUGAGUUAUAUUACAAAAAAAUAUGGUACUAACCUCUCACUAUGUGAAAAAAUUUUACAUUCUCACAUGACCGACUCUGAACCUACCCAUAAUCAAGAUUCAGACAUAUCAGAAAUCCAG